UUCAUCUAUCAAAUAAAUUUUUCACGUAAUGCGGAUACAAAGAUAAAUGGAUGUAAGAAACUAUAUUAAUUUCUUAUGAUAAAGUUAUUUUAAUUGAUUAAAGAAUCUUAAGGAUUAGUUUUGUGGUUAAUUAUUUAAUAAUACAAUGGCUGAAAACGAGGAACUCACUGGACCAGUAUCACAAGAAGACAUAGAAGCAGCAGAAAAAUAUAAAAAUGAGGCAAAUGAAUGUUUUAAAAAACAACAUUACAAUAACGCUAUUGAAUUAUACUCUAAAGCAAUAGAAAAGAACCCAAAAAAUGCCAUAUACUACGGGAAUAGGAGUAUAUCAAAUUUAAAACUGGAAAAUUUUGGUUAUGCUUUGAGUGAUGCAACAAAAGCAAUAUGUUUGGAUAAAACUUACAUUAAGGCCUAUUACAGGCGAGCAGCGGCUAAUAUGUCUUUAGGAAAAUAUAAGCAAGCACUUAUGGAUUUCCAAUAUGUUACCAAAGUUAGGCCAAAUGACAAAGAUGCCAAGUUAAAGUACAAUGAAUGUAACAAAAUAGUUAUGAAAAUUGCUUUUGAGAAAGCAAUAGCAGUAGAGAAGAAAGAAGUGAAUAUAGCUGAUUCUAUUAAUUUAGAUUCUAUAACUAUUGAAGAUGAAUAUGUGGGGCCAAGUCUGGAAGAUGGAAAGGUUACUCUCAAGUUUGUGACUGAACUUAUGAAAUUCUAUGAAAAUCAGAAGAAGCUUCAUAAGAAAUAUGCAUAUAAAAUACUAAUAGAUGUCAAAGCAUAUCUUCAAAAACAGCCGUCUCUAGUAGAUAUUAAGGUGGAUGAUGAUAAAAAGUUCACCGUAUGUGGAGACAUUCAUGGCCAGUACUACGAUUUAAUGAACAUAUUUAAACUUAAUGGAUUACCUUCUGAGAGCAAUCCGUACUUGUUUAACGGUGACUUUGUUGACCGCGGCUCAUUUAGUGUUGAAUGUAUAUUUACCUUAUUCAGUUUUAAGUUGUUGUAUCCGGACCACUUCUUUAUGUCUAGAGCUUCUAGAGUUUCCGGAAGCGAAAACGGGCAGUUAACAAUCACACUUGAAACCGAUACUGGAAGUGAGUAA